UCAUUUCCAUGAGAAAUAACCCAGAAGAGCAACUCUGGGAAAAGUCAAAGCCAAUCUUGCGAGGACAGCUCAGAAGGAGCGCAGAAGCGAGCUGUGCGAGGAGGGUGUGCAGGAGCUCCCAGACCCUGCUGGGUCAGGGGGCAGGUGGCUGCUUCUGGGACAAGGUCCCUGCCAGUGCUCACAUCAGCCUCAGUCUCCUGUCCCCAGCCGUGCACCCCGCCACCUCUGGACACCCCGGCAGCAGUAAGAGCUCAGCUCGGCUCUGGGGAGGGAAGGAACGCCGCUGGCUGUGCCGAGAAGUCCUAAUCAAGCUUCUCCAGCUCCACUGUGUCACAUACUCCUUGGCAGUGGUCAGUGGCCUCUUGUAGAAGCCCUGGAAGAAGCCUUUUCCUCCUCAGUUUGCUAAAGAAGGGCCAUGUCUGCUUUUGAUCAGAGGAACGAGAGCAUGCAGCACACAGAGCCUGAGACAGACUGCAUCACCCCUCGGGUGAAGCCAAGGGGUGAGAUGUUUGUCUUUAUUGAUGGGAAAUGGGGGAAUGACAUCUACUGCCAGCCACCCUUUUCUUCACCCCAGAAACACUUUAACAAGAAGGCACAGAAUGAGUGGAGCACCUGGGAGGAGAACAGAGCACUCUGGCAGGAAAACCAAGUCCUCUGGAUCAAAAACAGGAUGCUCUGGGAAGAAAACAAGGCCCUACAAUAUCUCUGGUCACAGAACAAAUCUGUCCAGGUAAUUUACACUGAUGCUAUUCAGCGAAGCCUCAAGAGCAAAAAUAAACCAUUUCCACUCUUCCAAGAGAGGAGCACAGGCUUUCAGCUCAGCCUGGGCAAUAAAGCUCUCCAGGCAGUCCAGGAAAAGAAUAAAAUAUUUGAGGAUUUCCAGCAGGAAAAUAAAGCACUCCCUGUUACCUGUAAAGGCCAAAAAGCCAUCACAGUCCAUGAAGAGAGCAAAGAUGCCAGCUCAGAUCUUCAGAAGAACAUUGACACCAGCACAGCUGUGGAAAAGGGUAACCCUGGGCCAGUCCCCCAGCAGAAACAUGAAGGUAAAAAGAAGAGCACUACUCCAAUUCAGAAUAAGAUUGAGUCUGCCCCAAGCAUGCCAGGAGAGCAUGAAAUCCUCCGGGUUCUCCAGGACUUACGUGAGCUUCUCCACACCUUCCUGAAAAUGAGCCAUCCUCCCGGGGAGAAACAGUGCUGUCACAAUCUCUGUGACGUGAACAGAUCCUUCCAAGAAGAUUACAAUAAACUGAAGCUGCAGCUGAAUGCUGUGAAAAACACUGUGUCGGACAUCACAGCUCAAAUGGAUAUGCUGGAAAAGGAGAUCAUUGCCAUCACUUCCCCAAUGUAUGAGGAAGCAGGACAGAAGCUGGCAACUGAGCAUCAGCUUGGAGACAUGUGAAGCUUGUGGCAAAGAACUGCUAGUUUAUUUACCAGAAAGCUUCUCUCCUUUUUUCAGGAAACCUAAUAAAAUCCCAAUAGAGCCUGAAGAUAUCUGGGGGACAUUGUGUCUUUCUGAAAAUUUCUUGCACUACUUGGAUAUAUUUCACCUUCUGGUUAUGUGGUGUAGGUGACUGUCAUGAAUUUGUCUAGUGUCAAGAAACAACUUUUUCAGCUUUUAUUUUCCAAAGUUUCUGAUAACAAGGCCUAGAUUUUCAGAAAGUUAUUGCUUGAGGAUCUCAACUCUGAUUACAGUGUGCCAGCCUGUAGUCCAAGGACACGCUCACAGUCUCCGCUAAAAAAGCUUUGAUUUAUAAAGAAGGAUCCCUCCUCCCUGACAUCAUGAUGGAGGCAACAGGAGAGAACGGAGCAGGCGGCAGGACUUCUGCACAGAGCAGCGAGGUCCCUCUCAAUUUCUUGGAUAGUCAGAUGAAGCAGGUUUUUACCUGCCCCAGAGCAAGAGCAUAGGUUGCCAAAAGCAGCGUUUUGAUGGCUGUUCCAUGGCUUAAGCCAGUGUUUAGAAGGGCAUCUACUUACACUAUAAUGGACAAGCCAGUCUCCAGUGAUCUGCUGACCCAGAAGAUGAGAGACUUUUGAUCUGCGCAGGUUUGAAAUUCUGGUCUGGUCUCAAUUGUGUGGCCAGAGCGGCUGGAAAAGCAUUUCCUCUGUCUCGGACAGUCCGGAUGCAGUGCACUUUGUCACAAUCUUUCAGGCAGAAUAUGGGAGCCUUUAAGUAAUCUGAGAAGACAGAUACAGGGAGACUUCUGCAAAGCAAUUGUAGGAGCAUUAUUGUAAAGCAAAGGAGAGGUUACAGUGAGGUUUAUCUGUUGCAACAGGACACCAAAAGCAGGCUGUCACUCUAGUUUAAAAGUCUCUAAGUGAUUUGCCACAGAAUUACCUAAAGCAUGAACUAUCUUUCACCUUGUAUUUCACUCAGACAACAUCAUGCCAAGUGCAAGUGAUGACUGUUUACUUCAGAGGCUUAAAACAACAGGUAUUUUCUUCUGCUGGUCAGGCUUUGGGAUGCUGAGGCAAACCUCUCAGGCAUGAAGUUAAAUGGCUGGCUCUCACUGGUGUGGGUAGGGCUGCAUCUGUAAAAAUUAGGUGAGAAGAAGAGGAACAAUGUUCAUUAAGAGGUGGAUGUGCAGACAGCAAGUUGCUCCUGCUUAAUGACUGGGUCACAGCUGUUAAUAGAUUAAUACCUCAGCACGGUGCUGGGGAGCAUGUUCAUGUUCUGUGCCUUCAGACACGCUGCUUUUCUCUAUGCCAUCUCCCUCACCACAUUUGGUAACAUGUCCAAUGUUGCCAAACAUUGAACAUAAUGUUUGGUAAGAGGGAGAAACAGAACUAUGAAGACCCUAAUGCAGAGGUUCAGAGGAGGGCAGCAGAAGAAAAAAGCUCUGACCAUGGGUUCCUAUCUUAACAAAUUUAUUUGUGUUCCAUUAGAAGAAAUAAACUGCUCUUUUGCCAGUGGUGAGAAUACUGACUGCUGCCAUGUCCCUAUACGUGGGCAAGAAAGACACUUGGGAGUGCAUCUUUCCACCAGGUGUUUGGGAGGAGUCCUCUCAUCUAAUGUCAGGUGUCCAUCCAGGACAGGAUAUCCAGAUCUCAGCUAGUCUCCCUGGGCUUUCUUUCUGUCCUGUAGGAAGGAAUGGGCAUGUUCAGGCUGUGAUUAUUCUCACUCUUAUUAGACUAAAAGUAGGCUGUGUCACCAGCUGGAGUCCCUUGUUUCUCUCUGUUGCCUCUAUAAUUACUUUGAGGACAAUUAACUCUAACUUAGACAUUUGGUUUGGAGCUGUCUGAGUGAGAAACUUGGCAGUUCCAGACAGAGGAGAUGCUUCAUCAAGUGGUGAAGUGGCAGAAGCUUGGGAGUGUGUCCCAGUCCCUGGCUUUGCUCUCUGUGCAAUGCCUUCAUUAAGCAGCUCAUUCAGAUCUCUCUAUUGUGUGAAGAAAUUAUUACUUCGUGAAUAAAAUUGGGAUAGUUUGGGCAGAGCUUAAAUAUCAUGCACACAUGUAGGAUCCUGAGGGGAACACACUACUUCUCCUGAAUGCUAAUGAUGAUUCUGAAGGAAUUUGGUUUUGUGAGUCCUUUGCACUUUGAUCACUUCUUUGGAUCUUUGAUCAUCCUGGUUAUGAAAAAGUCUACACCUGGUAAAUAUUUUUUGGCAUCUCUCACAGAGAAGUUGAAUUUAUCAUUCCUUCAAGUUUUCUCAAGUCUGUCAGGUGAGAUGACAAUGUCCAUAAAAGACUGCCCAGCACGUAGCCUUGCAGAGGACUCUGUGCUGUUCAAACUCUCUGUCCUGGUUUAGGGCAAAUUUAGGAAACCUCCAAAGGGGUCCCUCUAGAAAGCAAAUUCAAGCAGCCCCACCCCCCACCAGUUCAGGAGACAUAAAUCUCCCUUGAGAAAAGUGGGAAAAACUAUUUGGUUAACAAGCAAAGAACUCGCAAACAUGGGAAAAUGAAUAAUAUUAAACAAUGGAACCUCUCGCUGUUCUGAAGAGAUGGCAAGUUCAGAGUCCUUGUCAUGGGCUGCAGCUCAGCUUGCUCAGUCUCUUAUCAGUCCCUCUGGCAUGGGAAUGCUGUGUCCCAGGCCACAGUGGGCCACAGGUGCGAGCUCCCAGUGUUUUUCUGGGUUUUUGGUCCAGAGCAGGUCUGAACAAGAAAAAGAAAAAAAAAACCCCACAGUCUGGGGAACCUCUCUGCCUCAACUAGCUAAAAAACAACUAACAAAAAAGCAAAGGAGAGCUCUCUCCUGCUGUCUGUCCUUGCUGCAGACAACACAGUCCAAGGAACAGGAUAUGGGAGAGCAAGUGCAGUCCCUGAUAACAAACUCUGCACUUCUUCUCUCCCCCCUUCACUCUCAGAACCAGUCUUAAAAGUGCAGAACUUAAUAAUUCAGCAUAAACAGAACAAACAACUGGGGAUACAAGCACCAUAAAGUCACUCUAGGACACUCUCAUAAUCCCAGAAGGUGCCAAAUCUCCAGACUUUGCUUAUUUGGUUACAAACCAGAGCGAGUCAGUGACAACAGUGGAGGAUCAUUUCUGGGUGCUGUUGGAAAGGCAGAUGAUCCUGAGUAUUGCUCCAUCUGUUAACGUUAAGGGCACAGAUGGUGAGACCUGACUGAGUGGCCUGCAGAAUGCCACAGGACUGCAUGGAGAGGGUCCAAAGCACUGCCCAUUUUCUGCAUUGUUCCAUGUCCCCAGCUAGGGCCAUUUACCAGUUCAGUGCUGCCAUCCUACAGGUUUCCAUCUCCACAGUGUGUGCUGGUGAGAAUAGUUGGACUGACAGCUUUUGCCCACUAUUUCAGGUACAAAUGGAAGAAAAGUGCAACAGCAGGCAUUUACAGGAAGGACUUAUUAAUAAUCAUAACAUUUAGGCAAGUUUGGGGAAAAAUGGAGUAAAUUUAAUACAUUUUUCUAGUCUGCUCACUGGUUUACAAGUCCCUGGAAACUGGUAGCUAUUCCAGCUUGAAAUUGAUGGAUGUCAUUCUUAUUGUGCACAAUUUACCUUUUGCAGAGAGACAAACUUUCGGUCUCUCUCCUUAUUGGUGAUAAUUAGGUCCUUAUUUUUUACUAUUCAUUUAUCAGUACUAUUUCUGGAAAGCUGGAUUUUUGGCAAGGUCACCAUCAGCUUCUUACUUCCCAGUGAAUUGGAUUAUUGCCUCUAGCUGGGCUCUGUAGAAAUGCUGACUUUCCUGUUCUCAUUUUUUACUAGACAGUCUAAUACAUCUGGGUUUCUACUGUCUUCAUAGAACACCCACCCUGGCCUUUUGUGCUCAUCUCAGGAGCCCCACCACAUCCUCUCAUCCCUAAAUUGCAAUUUCAGGUUUUUUUCAAAGUGUUAUGAGCUUCCUUGAGCCCUGGUUUGCUCCUGUUAACAUCUGAAGACAGUUUUCCCAGAGUUAUGCUUGUGAUUUCAUGAAGUUGAGGAUGUACUACAAAAGCUGUUGUGCUGGCCAAAAGCCAUCCUCUCCAUAGCGGUGCAGACUGUUGAUUGGUGUUCUCAGCAGCCCAGCUUGUUUUUUCCCAGUUCCAGUUCCAGUUUAGCUCAGAAUUAGACAUAAUUGUACAUUUAAAUACAGGAUAAAGUGAAAGUCUUUCACUCAACCUUUGUGUGAACUGAACCUGGACUAGCUAUCUUCUUUUUUAGACAUCCAAUUUGGGCACAGACUACUCAAAAUUAUCCUGCAGUGAGGUGCAAAGAAGAGGGGGAGUAGCUCCUCAGAUGAGUUUUAUGAAGAAAUUCUUUCUUACAGUGGCUGUUGGCUGGUUUUAAAGCAGAAAGCUUUAAAACUUUACCACAUUUUCCAAAGUGGUAUUCAUCUCAGCUAGGUGGAGACACUGAAAUGAAAGCAGUAACUGAGACCCUUGGCCACCUGAGGUCACAUUGCAGCUGGUGGAGGUAGGCAAGAUUGCCAGAGGGUUCAGGUCUUUCCCUGGUGACUACAGAGAGCCUGGAGUGGCCAAGGGUAGGUGGGGAGAGUCGAGGCCUGAGACCUGGUCACAUCAGUUGAUGAAUGGCUGACAGAGAGAUUUGGAUGGAGCUAAGGGAAAAAAAUGGGAGUUUAUGACAAUAAGGGGCAGGCAACUUAGGAGGAGCUCUGGGAUGUUGUGAGGUUAUACAGGGAGAAAAUUAAAAGAGUCAAAUCCCAAAUAAAACUUCAUCUGGUUACUGUUGCAAAAAAUUUUUCUAUAAAUUCGUCAGCAAGAAAAGGAAGACUAAGGAGAAUCUUUGUCUUGGUGACAAAGGCUUGACAAAGGCUUGCCUCAGGCUUAAACAGUAAGACCAGCUGUUCUCAGGGCACCCAGCCCUCUGAGGUGGAAGACAGGAGCAGAAUGAAGCCCCAGGGUCUGAGGGUGCAUGGUCAGUGACCUGCCUCAUCACCCAGACACCCACAGGUGCAUGAGGCCCAUUGGCUCCACCCAAGGGUACUGAGGGAGCUGGUGGAAGUGCUCACCAAGGCACUCCCCACCAUUUACCGGCAGUCCUGGCUAAAUGUGAGUCAACUCUCUAACCUCCAGUCAACUGGAAGGAGGAUCUGGGGACCUACAGGCCUGUCAACCUUACCUUGGUACUGGAAAAUGCUAUGGAGCAGAUCCUCUUGAGUGUCAUCAUGUGACACAUGCAGAACAACCAGUGAAUCAGGCCCAAGGAUGGGUUUGUGAAAAGCACGUCCUGCUUGACCAGCCUGAUCUCCUUCAGUGACAAGGUGACCUGCUUAAUAGCUGAGGGAAAGGCUGUUGUCUAUGUUGACUGUGUUGUGGUGAAUGAGGUACA